AUGCAUCGGCCUCCUAGACCCAACCCCCAGCCUGCUGGACCCACGUGCCACCACAUCCCAGCCUCGGGACUCCAGCCACCCAACCUCCCAACCUUCUACACCCUUAUCCCCAAGCCACCUAGACUCCACUUCAAACUUCUUAGACCCGACCCCAGACCCCAGUCUCCCAGCCUCCUAAACCCCACUCCCAGCCUCUUAGACCUGACCCCAGGCUCAAAAGAUCCUGUCCUUUGCCUCCUAGACCCAUCUCCCAGCCUCCUAGACCCCACUCCCAACCUCUUAGACCCGAUCCAAGACUCAAAAGACCCUGACCUCACCUUUAAGACCCUUAACCCCAGCCUCCUAGACCCUACACCCAACCACUUAGACCCAAUCCAAGGCUCAAAAGAUCCUGACCUCGCCUUCUAG